AUGGCUACUUGCAGCAGUUUGUCGACAGUGGUUUUUUCUUUUCUUGUUCUAACAUCAUUGUUUGAAAGCAGUCACGUCGGAGCCCGCAAUCUUCUAGAACCAACAUUGCCAAAGCCAGAAGUGCCACAACUUCCCAAACCUGAAUUGCCACCUCUGCCUCAAGUCCCUACAUUCCCAAAGCUAGAGAUACCUAAGGUUCCGGAAUUGCCAAAACUAGAGCAGCCUAAGGUCCCAGAAAUACCCAAGAUUCCCGAGCUACCUAAGGUACCUGAGAUACCUCAAGUUCAUGAAUUGCCUAAUAUUCAUGAAUCACCAAAUCCUGUCAAGGUCCCAGAAAUACCCAAGGUUCCUGAGCUGGCUAAGGUUCCAGAAUUACCAAAACCUGAACUGCCUCAAAUGCCAGAAUUACCCAAGUUUGAAUUGCCUAAAGUAUUUGACAUACCUAAAGUUCCUGAAGUUCCUAAAGCAUUUCCAGUCACCCAUCCUUGA